CAGAGGAUCAAGAUGGUACAGAGGCUGCUCGCUGGGGGGGGUCUGGCUUUUUGGCUGGACUUCUUUCAUGAGCAGGUGGGGCGGUGUGGGCCCUGUGGUUUGUUUAACCUCUGUGGGGUCCCCACUGCCUCGCAACUUGAGCUUCUUGAUCCUCUUUUUGCGGAGGCGCUUCAGGUGUGGGGCAGGGUCCGCAGGCUCCUUGGGACCUCCAUCGGGACACGUGAGCAGGUAUUGGCACAGCCGCUUAAACGAAACCCGUGUCUGCCCCUGGUGGGGCGACUCAUGGCCAUUCGCCCCUACUCAAUGUGCGGUUUCCAUCAGGUCCGCCACCUGGUGGCUGGUGGAGGGGGUAUUGAUGGGGAGCGGGUCACUUGUGUCCUCCGUACUCAUGGUGUGUUUCAGAGUUUCAGGGCCGUGGCGCGCUGGUGUUCCAGGGUGGAGGCGGCCCUCCCGGGCUCCUGGGUGCUGGCUCUGAGGCGGGGAUCUACGGCCCGGCGGAGUGAGCAUGGCAGUCCGGACGUCUCCCUUCCUGAGUUCCAUCUGCUGGGAGAUGGCCCUCCCACGUCGCUGGCUUUCAUGACACCCAAGAAAUGGUACCAACUACUGAUUCAGGAGGUGCGGCGGCCGCCAACGGCGGAGGUGGUGUGGGGGCAGCUGUUCCCUGGCUGGGAGACAGGGGACAUUUGGUGCCGGGUGGACCUCCGCUUUGCUGGGCCUGCG